AAAUAUGGCGGUGAGAUUGAGCCCACGACCUGAGCCUCUCGACAGAAAACUGUAGAUAUUUUCGCGUGAAUGUGUAUAUCUUGAAUAGCUUUAAAAGUAGGCCCAGCUUUUAAACCAAACAGAUGGCACCAACAGGCACUCAAGGUGAUGGACGCAUCUCUGAUUCCAUCAGUGCCCAUGGCACACACCACCCAGAGCGGACUAAGUACAGCCGCUCCUCCAGUGACGCCAUCAGCUACGAGGACCUGCUGGUGGCUCAGUACUUGGAAGGACUCAAGAAAGCGGAAGCUGCUGGCUCGCGGAAAAGGUUGAGCAGGCCCACCAAGCCACUGUCCCCCUACAUGCAAAAGCUGGCCCACGGCGACCAGGCUGUGGCGACCACUAGCGCAUUACAGUCUGUCAGGCCCACCAGGACUCACCGGCCAUUCUCGGCUACCGCAGCCGGCCGCAGCUCGGCCCGGGAACGCAAACGCAUCGACAUCAAGUUCAUGGUAGAUAGUGGAGGGAUGGGGGAAGAGGAGGAGGCGGAGCCAAAACAGCAGGGGAGGAUGGGAGACGGGCAGAGGUCCAAGCUGCGACCGACGAGCGCACCCGUGUAUAAAACCAAAAGACCUUGGAGUAGUAAGUCUGGGUCUUCCACUGCUACAGCCUCACAGCGAUCACGACGAGUCCGAGCCCUGUACCGACAGCAGCCUCAGGUCAUCAGAGCCACUGUCUACAAGAACGGAGUGCAGACUGAUGCCGUGAGAGUCACUGCUCACUCUAUGAAAACGUUCCUGGAAGCCUGCACCAUCAAGCUGGGCCUACAGUUUGCCGCCCGACGGAUUUUCCUGUCAGACGGGACAGAGGUGAAAUACCCAGAAGAAAUUCCCAAGGACUCAGAGGUCUUCAUCUCAUGCGGAGAACCCUACAAGGACCCCACUACUAAUGUCAAAGGUGACGCUCACAAGAAACUGUACGCCAACUGGACGAUGAACGGUGUUGUUCUUCCUGUAGAAACUAAGAAGAGAACCAAGUCUGCUUUAUCCAAGAGAAUGAGGAAAAUGCUGGAAUCCAAAAUGCGUCGGGUCAUGAUAUUCCGCAACGGAGACGGCACCGAGAUGUUUGAGACCACGGCCUCCGCUGAGAACUUUGGCAGGUUUCUUGACGACUGCACAUUACGUCUUGCGCUGACUGCCCCAGCUAGGAUUGUCUAUUCUUGGACGGGCUCAGAGGUGACAGAUCUUAAUGAUGUGCCCCUCUUGGAUCGUUGUCUGCAGAGCAGCACCACCCCUCUCUACGGCCCGGUGUGGAUCUCCAAAGGUGAACGGUUCAGCCCCAAAGGUGUCAAAGCCUUUCUGGAGACCAUUAUCAAACACUGUAAGCAGAAACUGCAGGCCGCCAACACCUACAAGAAGCAGCUGCAGCACGGCCUGGCUGGCGAAACGCAGCAGGUCACCGUGAUCGAGGUGCUGUCCAAGUCAGAGCAAGAACUGCAGAAGGAACUGCAGGAGACAGAGGAGGGCAUUGCGGAGUUCAGCGAGGCCAAACGCAAGCUACAGGACAUCUUGGAGGAGAUCUCAGAAUCGGCAAUGGAGGAAGAGGGUGCUGGAUGUACCUACACCAUGCAGCAUAUCAAGGAGUUUGACUCGUCACAUCGCCUGGUGGGCCAGCAAGGCAUCAGGUUGAAGGUGUAUGAGAAUGGACAAGGCGAAGGGGAAGAAACAGUGUUUUUCAACUUGAAGGAGGCCUCUAAAGGAAUCGGCAACGACCAUAGUCUGCUUCUUCAGCGGCUGCUUGAUGAGCUGACUCGAUGGGCCCGCGUGGAAAAGAACACCACAGCCCUCAGCACCGUGGUCACCAAGAUAUUUGACCGUGAAGGCAAGGAGAUCACAGACGUCCACGCUCUCAAGAAUGACCAAGAAGUCUGGAUUUCCUUUGGAGAGCCAUUCAGAGACCCAAACGGGUCAACUUUCUAUUUGCCGUGA